AUGACCUAUUCGAACAUGUUCCAUAUCAAGGCAAUGCCCUUUGGAUGCUUUCGCGAUUUUCCCUGGAGGGUUUGGCUCUCCGCUCCAGUGUCUCUUUGGGCCCCGGGUAACUUCUCGAUCCGCGAAAUGGCUGCAGUGCUUCUCUUGGUGCUGCCGUUCCUGGCUGCCGCCAGUCCCGGCCUGCGCGGCGACGGCGCUUCCAGUUAUGUGGACAGUGUGCAGUGCAGCGGCAGCGGCGCGUUGCCCGAGAACGUGUGCUUCAGCGGCAGUAUCCUGAAGCAGACCUUUGACAUUGAGGUGGUCAGCUAUGAUGGUACAACUGGCAAGGUCAAUUUGAAGGCGGAAGUGGACGUGGAAGUUGAUGCAGACAUGGUCGAGGAGAAACUGGAGGCGGAGGAAGAGGAGGAGGCGGAGGAGGAGAAGGAGGAGGAGGAGGAGGCCUUGCAUGUGUGGCUUUGGUUUGCAGCCGAGACCAACAUGGAACCCAACAACCUUGUCUUGAAAGCGGACGGAUCACUGAGUGCCCAGUGCGAUGGUGCGGAAUUUGAGAACCAGGACACGCUGAUCGUGAACCUCGUGAAACCCUACAAUGUGAGGUUCGCUGCUGCCAGUCCUGGCCUCCGCGGUGAAAGCGGUGGCAGCGUCUACGUGGACACGGUGCAGUGCAGCGGCUUGGGCGCGUUGCCCACGGAGCCGGUCUGCUUUAGCGGCAGCGUGUUGCUGGAAACCUUUGACAUUGAGGUGGUCAGCUAUGAUGGUAAGGUGGGCACCGUGAACCUCAAGGCUGAAGGCUCGCAAAACGCCCAGUGCGACGGGGCACAGUUCGAGAACCAGGAUAAUGCCAUCACCAUUGAGAACGACAAGGGCUGUGGUCUCAGCAAGUACGACUACACGGUGAGGUACUGCCCGGACCAGGACUCGCUGAUCGUAAACCUGGUGAAGCCCUUCAAUGUCAGAAUGGUCCUCAACAGCAAGUCAUGCCCGGCUGCCGGGGAGGUUUGGGACAUCCAUUUGGCUGUGGCCAGUUUCACAUGUUCGGUCACUGGAGGUCUACCCUUUGCAGAUAAUUCAGGAAGCGUCACCUUACCUGUCUCCGUGGACAUCACCAUGGGACCGAAGUCAAUGUCCUUCGGGUACUCCGGCGACCUGUGCCGGGGGUUUCUGGCUGCCGGCAGCCCUCGCGCCCUCCGCGGCGACGGCGGCAGCGUCUACGUGGACACCAUCUCGUGCACCGGGGACGGCACGUUGCCCAUGGAACCAGUCUGCUUCAGCGGCAGCAUUUUGUUGGAGACCUUUGACAUCGAGGUGGUGAGCUAUGACGGCAAGGUUGGCACAGUGAACCUCAAGGCCUGGAUUGAUGCAGCCGAAGGCUCUCAGAACGCGCAAUGCGAUGGAGCGCAGUUUGAGAACCAGGCCCAUAAAGGUCAGCAUUCCCCAUGUGCCGGCUUGGACCACAUCCCAGCAGCCAUGGACAUGGACAAUCCUCCUGACAAUGCCAUCACCAUUGAGAACGACAAGGGCUGCGGCCUCACCAAGUAUGACUACACCGUGAGGUACUGCCCAGACCAGGCGAGGGUGGGCGAAGAUGUGACUGCCGUGGGUUCAGUUGACUCGCUGAUCGUGAACCUGGUGAAGCCCUUCAACGUCCGGGUGGUCCUGACCAGCAAGUUAUGCCCAGCUGCUGGCGAAUGUCCAGCAAUGUCCAGGUUCAACAUGGUUCCACCAGGGAUGCAGUGGAAUAGGUUGGAUGGAGAUGGCACCCCCAAAAUUCCCAUGGAAUUCGUUUGGAACCUGGACUUCGCAAAGAUGAGUUUCUGGCCAGAAACCUGGAAAGUUCCAUGGAAUCACUGUGUGAAAGGUGUAGCUUGGGGCAUUAGCUCCAAAGGCCAGAAAGAGUGGACGUAUCAUAAAGAGCUGGGCGACUGGGGGGAAAACCAGCCGUUCCCUGCGGUUCCCUGCGACCGUUCAGCAAGGCAAUGCCCUUGGUGGAGUUAUUCUCAGCCUGACUCAAUGGAGCAGGCCAAAAGUGCUGCUGGCUACCUGAUUUUUGGGGAGUAUCAC